AUGUUCAAGUCCUAUGGCGUGUCCGCGCGCCAGUGGACCUCAGUUGUUGACUCCGCGGUGACAAAAUGGAAUCAAGGAGCAGCAACAGCUAUAUCUGCUCGGCUGUUUUCCUCGUCAUCUAGCGGAGCAGCAGAGAAUGGUGAUGAUUCAAGAGACCGUCUAAAUUCCUCCCGUGGCACUGCAAGAAGGCAGACUGAUGGCUCCUCUUAUCAAUCCUCCUCUCCCACCCCUCUCAUCCGUCGUAUAGUUGAAGGUAGACCAAUCACCCGUCAACAGCAGCCAUUCCAACAACAGCACCGUGGACCACUCGACGCCCGUGCUCUAGGUGCCGAAGUCACUCAAGCAAGCGGAAAGCCUAUCAAACUCCUCCGCGCACCUGCCACACUACGAAAACUAGGAAGUAAUACCAGCCGACUCAGGACUCCCAAGCGUCCUGCAACCAUCCGUCCAGCCCGUCGUCAGAGACAGGGCAAAUCGUCGAAGAGCGACAGUGGGGGUGGUGCGUGGACCGGCCGUCGCGAAAUGUCCAAGGAAGAACAGGAAGCUGAGGAAAAGGCUUAUCUCGAACAGUGGGAGCGCGAGCGCCCGAAACCCGUCCGCUAUAUCCCGCACGGUUACAAUCUUGAUAACCUGCAACGAACGUGGCCGGCUCUGCCAAUGGGUGAGACAGGUCCUAAGGAGGCGCUGCAUGAACGCCUAGCAUGGAUGAGUGAGCGAUACCCCAACGGCUUCGAGCCGAUGGAUCUCCUAGCGAAACGCGUCCAUGAGGGGAAAUGGACGUAUUUCUAUAGCGAUGAUGAGAAAAAUGAAGCGGUGGAGUUGGCACGGAAAAUGGAGGCCGAACGUGCGGAUAAAUUAACGGAUCGCAAGGGGACUAUGGUCGAGCCGGAGGACAUGUCGUUCCAACCCAUGAACGAGACGCAGAAGAAGCAGUUAGUUUCAAGGCUGGUUUCGGGCGAGUAUAAGUCAGAGAAGGACCAGUGGAUGAAGAUGCAUGCUACUAGACAUCCAGUUAUGCAAGAUGUUAUAAGGAAUUUGACGAAUAACUCGACGUGGCAAGCAUCGCAAAAGACAGUGUUUUUGGAGACACUUUCUAAGUCGUUGCCGCAGCCUAAGGUUGCGAGACCCAAAGCCUAG